CCAUCGGCGACUCCCUCCCUGAUCUCCAGCUAGCGAGCGAGUGUGAGCCCGAGCUGGGAUGCGCCAACUCCCUCUUCCUCCAUGGAGCACUGCGACGGGGAGAACUCCGCCAAGCGACCCAAUCUCUCCGCCGCCGGCGGCAGCGACAGCGAGGACCGCCUCAGCGCGCUUCCCGACGACGUUCUGAUGCACACCCUUCUCAAGCUUCUCGACGUCGCCGUCGCCGCGCGGACCAGCGUCCUCUCCAGUCGCUGGCGCCGCCUCUGGAGGCUGCUCCCGGAACUCAACUUCCCCUUCCCCAGUGACCCACAGCACAUACGCCUUGCCCUCACCGCCCAUGAAGCGCCGGCCCUCCACCGCCUCUCCGUUGAUUUCAUCGACGCCACCGCCGAGUCCGUGGCGGCCUGGCUUCCCAUGGCCGCGCGCCGCCUCUCCGGCGAUCUACUCCUCAUCAACACGGCGCCGCAUAAUGAGACGGAGGACGAGGCCGCGGAAGGGGGCGCCCUUGAGCUCCCCUGUUUCGAGAGCGCCACCUCGAUCCACCUCGAACUAGGAUAUCUUGGCCUCGCGGUGCCACCAUUGGGCGAAUUCGCUGGACUCACCGAUCUCUUCUUGGCUUUCAUCAAGCUACAUGGUCCGUGCGAGCUCGGUGAAGCUGUCUCCUCGCUGCGGUGCCCAUCUUUGCAGAGACUCACUGUCUGUGAUGCCUGGGGUAUGGCCAACUUCAACAUUCACUCUGAGUCUCUCAAGCAAUUGAAACUGAUAGAUCUGCAUCAGCUGCAGCAGCUCACUGUUAUGACUCCGGCACUCGUACACUUAUGUGUGAGCUCUUGCUUUUCUUCGAGUCAUAAUCAACCCGUUGCAAACAUCUCCGCCCCUAAGCUGGUAUCCCUCGAUUGGGGGGAUCAUUAUGAUCCAAGGUUCACACAGCUUGGCAAGAUGGAAAAUCUAGAGUGUCUAAGCCCAUACCCUUUUCUUGUAUUUGGACGGGACGAAUCUGCACAUGAAUUGAAUAGCUCUUGUGUCAGCCUUCUACAGCGCUUUGAGCUCAUCCGGAGUCUCAGCUUGACACUUAUCUAUGUGCCGCAGGACAUUCCUAACAAGCAGUACUUGAUGGAAGACAUUAAAAGGCUCCCGGACCUGACACACUUGACCCUGUAUAUAAAUCCACAAGGACACUCCUUUGGGGCCAGUGUGUUCCAUUUGCUCAGGAUGUGUACUGGUGUGAGAAACCUGGUACUUAAAUUUUAUAGCACACCUCAUCACCCUGAGGCAGAAACUCUGUGCCCAUCAGGUUGUGUUUGUCAUCAGCCACCAAACUGGAAAACCGAGCAACUUGUACUGAAUCGCCUUCAAGAAGUAGAAAUAUGGAACUUGAGAGCAACCGAACGCGAAGCUGCUCUGGUUAAACGGUUAUUCGAAUGGGAAACAGUGCUACAGAAGAUGACAGUAACUUUCCAUUGGUCGGUCAAUAAAAGCACUGCCAAUAAGUUCUGGCGGAUGCUACGGAACUUCUCUAGGCCAGGAAUACGUAUGCUAGGGCGACGGGUUGCCUAAUCUAGUCUUUGCAUAGUUGGCCAUGAAGCAAAGUUUGCUUAAAGUUCCUGCCAGUUGUAUCUACCAAGGUGUGUAUAUACCAAGACCAAGUCACCGGCAACGGUUUGUAGAAUAUCCUUCGAGAUGUUACAGUAUCAUCGUCCUACCUUGCAGGGUGCAGGGUAUUUAAACAUACUUCAUGCCUGCUGUACGUUUUACAUUUGGAUGGAUGUUAGGCGUUCUUGUAGUGAUUCCUACUGAUGAUGGACGCAAUAUUGCUUGUACGUAGAACUUUUACUUGAUCGCUAAUACAAGCUAG